CCACCCCAAAAAUCGAGAGUUGCAUCCAUUCCUCCUCUACUGGAUCCCUCCUGUCGAUCCAUUCCUCAGGGCACGUCGAAGCAGUUCGCACGAAUUGCCUGCCCUUUCCUCGCCAAACCCUCCCGAAUUCCUCGACCAAACUUGUCCCUGGACCGCCUGGGAGAGUUUGCGCAUGGUUGGUAACAUUCUUUCUUACUUCACUGGUUAAACUGGUUAAGCGACCCCGAACAUGCUGUCCGCUCCGGUAAAAUCGGCCAAGCGCAUAUCGUCGCUGUUUUCCUUGGGUUCGACCAGGGAUAGUUCGGCACCCUCCUCACCUGCAUCUCCGAGCAUCCCGAAAGCGUCCCCCGACCAGUUACCGCAGGAUGCACGUCCUCGCAGCGCCUCCCGAUCAGGUCGUGUAGCCUCUAAUCCUCAAAGCGACUACGGCGAGACCCGCCCGCCUCUUCCCCCCGGUCCCCACGAUGGUUUUGAUUUGGACGAACCCUUGCCGCCGCCUCCAUCCCUACUGUCCGUCAACCAGGAUCUGGCCACCAGCACCCCCGGCUCCUCCGACAGACCCCAGAGUAGCGGUCGCGGGCGUAGUGGGAGUCGACCGUCCAGCUCGGCGGGAUUGUUUGUGCCAGGUGCUGGUCCGGACUCGCGCCCGAGCACCCCAUCUUCUAAGCGGCGUAGCUGGAUGCCCGGGCGAGCUCGUGCAAGCUCGGCUGAUCCGCGCGCCAGCGCCUCAGCCAUGCCCAGUGCUUGGAUCGCUGGCCUAGAGCAGAAAAUUCUGUAUGAUCUGGAACCUCUGUCUCGAGGAGAACAGAUCCCCGAGCUUUGGAACGAAAAUGGCGACACCUACGUAUACCUGUUCCCCCAGAACACCGGCCGACAGGCCUCGUUCAAGGUCCAUUCGACGGUCUUUGCGGAAUCUCCCUCCCUCCAUUUCCUUGCUCGCGGAAACGAGCUUCGCAGUCCCACAUCUCUCGAGCAACAAACAGGCAAUCUGUCUUUGAAUAGCCCCGUGGUCGGCCCCGCGUCACCGCCCUUGACACCUCAAGAUCGCUUGGCCGAUAAUGACAAUGACAGCUCUGGGAGCCAACGACUGGCCUACAUGGACGAUGAGAGUCCCGAAGAGUUCCAGGAGCUUCAUCUCUACCUUCCCAUCCCCUUGAACAGCGACGUUUCCAACCCGAACACUCGACUCACCGGGGAGGAUUUGGAAAACCUUCUUCUGUUCCGUAACCUUUUCGCUUUCCUGCUGGGACAAUCGUUGAUUGCAACACCUCGAUCUCCAUCCCUCUUUUCCAUCUUUAUGGACGUUGCAACGCUACUCUCUCGAUUUGAAUUCACCAACUUCGAUGGCUCCAAUUUUGGCGAGACUGCGACGACCAGCUUUGGCAACUACUGUGAGGAACUGCGACUGGCAGAUGUGCGCAAGAGCCGCGAGAAAACCAUCGAGGCCAUCGUUCUGGGUGAACGGUUGCGUUUUUACCCUCUCUACCUCGAGGGGUUCGUGCAUGGGGUUGGCAAGCUGGACGAGCUGAAGCAACUGAGAAGUCCCAAGUACGGCCUUAUCAACCCCGUAACCCAGAAACGCUUGGAGCGAGGUUUCAUCGAUCUGGAUACCCGUCUCCGGGUACUGUACAGUAAGCUAGACGAUUUUGACUUCCCUUCUGUCUUCUCGGGUAUCGCCAAUUCGGCUACGUCGGUUGAGAGUAAGGUGGUGCGGUUCAAGAACUGGAAAAUGGCGUUCAUGGAUUUCCGACGCUUCACGAUGCAGUACUAUCGCCAGAAGUACGGAUCAUGGCCUCCUAAAGCUCGCUCGAAGAAGAAUCAGUUCGAGGAAAGUGGACUCAAUCGCCAGGUUGUUAAGGAUCUCUACAAUGAUUUCGCCAACCUUUACGAUAUGAUGGUCGACCGGGCCGCCCUCACCACCCGCACGGUGGACAUGGCAGCGGAAACAACAGAGACCUCCGACCCUGAUGAAUUAAUGGUUCGGGCUCUCAGGCAGGUUCUGAGCGAGUAUGAUCGAAGCACUCCUCCAGUUCAGCCUCCUAUUCCAUUCGAUAUUCCACAGUUCCCCUCGCUGCAGACGCUCGAGCGGAAACCAAUGGACGCAAAGAAGGAAGCCAAGAAGCGAGCGAAGAAAUUGAAGGAUGCGGACAUCAAUGCCGUUCUCAUGGGCUCUUACACCCGCGAGAGUCUGCGGCCCACCCCUUUCAUCGAAUCCUUCAUGCAAUUUGAGCGCCGCUCCGCGCAUGGCAAGAACAUCAAUGACAUGAUUGACAUGCGUUGCGGUCAGUGGAUUUUCUUGUACUGUGUCAUUCAAUCCCUGCCCCUGGUGGUGGUUGAUGUGCAAGACGUCCGAUACACGGAUGCUGUGGAGUACUUCCUCUGCAUUGCGCCCCGCGGUGGUGCACCCUGGAUACAGAACGACGGUAAGACUGCACGCAGUUGGUUUGGCGUGGCCAAUGGCGCCGGUGUGGUUAGUCUGCCCUCCGAUGUGGUUAUCAACGGUGUGGAAGGCAUUUACCGCCGCAGUCACUGCUGGAAGGUGGCCGAGCAAUGGGCGGAGAAGGAUGCUAUUCUAGCGCCUCCGACGAUCGAGGACCCAUACGACAACGAGUCCUCGUUGUCUUCACCCUACCAAGCCCAACAAUCGUCGGCAGGCUCAUCGUCUGAGCAACAACAGCUCUCGGGCGGGCAGCCAACUCCCCUCAUGACCCCCGGCAGUCUCGGUCCUCCUCCACCUGCAAUCCCUCGGCUCAACUCCCCAGUCUUAAACCGGAGAGCAGAGCACCGCACCUCAAUUUAUCCGGGUCUAGAAGCAUUGCCACUGCCUGCGGGUGUCGCCCCGCUGGAUCCCCCGGCUCGACCCGUCAGUCGAUUCAACCCCAACAUGAGCUUCGACGACAUUCUGAAGCAAGUACCGAAUCAGCAGAAGAAGAAAUAAGCCUUGGACAAAAGAACGCGAUAGAAGAAUCCAAGGUUUCCUUUUUUAGAUGUGUAUAAUGUUGGAGAGAAGACCGGAGCUUGAAAGAGUCCCCUUCAGGGCAUUUCUCUCCUCCCCUCAGUGCUCCAACCCUUUUUUUUUUUUUUCUUUUUUCAAUCCCUUGCAUUACUAACCCCUGGUCGUUUCAGCUCUCUUGUAUCCUGUC